AUGGCUUCAGGAGCUCACUAUGGAGUAGCCAAAAAUGCAUCUAUAAUAUCCAUUAAGGUUUGCAAUGCUACGGGUAGCUGCCAGUACAGUGAUAUCAUUGAAUCAUUAACCUACAUAGGAAACCAACAUACUAAUAGCUCUAACAAGAAUACAGUGGUCAAUAUGUCUCUAGGUGGUGGCUUUUCACAAAUUACAAAUAAUGCAGUUGAAGAACUUGUUAAAAAGGGUGUUCAUGUCGUUGUCGCUGCGGGAAAUAGUGCAACGGAUGCUUGUACUUUUUCACCAGCAUCAGCACCUGAUGCUAUUGCAGUUGGUGCUACGAACACUAGUACAGAUGCUAUUGCAAGUUUCUCAAACUUUGGUUCUUGCGUCUGUAUCUUUGCUCCAGGUACAAACAUCCAAGCAGCAGGAAGGCAGUCUUCUACCGCUUUAUCAUCGUAUUCAGGAACUAGUCAAGCAACUCCUCAUGUCGCAGGAACAGUUGCUUUAAUAAUUUCAUAUAUCGGAAAUAAAUCUCCAGCGCAAAUGAAGGUAGAACUUAAUAAUUUAUCGACAAAAGAUGCAGUAACUGGUAACAUUAGUACAUCUCCAAACAGAUUUUUACGUGUUCCAUAUUGUCAAAAGUAA